UUUCGUUGCUGGAGUUAUACUACGUGAACGCAUUCCUGCAUUUGAACGCAUGCUAUGGCGUGCAUGUCGUGGAAAUGUAUUUUUACGUCAAGCCGAAAUUGAAACACCCUUGGAGGAUCCUUCAACGGGAGACCAAGUCUUUAAAUCAGUAUUUAUUAUCUUCUUCCAAGGUGAUCAAUUAAAGACGCGAGUUAAAAAAAUAUGCGAAGGUUUCAGGGCAACUUUAUACCCCUGUCCUGAAGCACCAGCUGAUCGAAGGGAAAUGGCUAUGGGAGUGAUGACACGUAUUGAAGAUUUAAACACGGUACUUGGCCAAACUCAAGAUCAUCGCCACCGUGUCUUAGUAGCUGCAGCAAAAAAUAUCAAAAAUUGGUUUGUUAAAGUACGGAAAAUAAAAGCAAUUUAUCAUACAUUAAACUUAUUCAAUUUAGAUGUCACUCAAAAAUGUUUGAUAGCGGAAUGUUGGGUACCUGUAUUAGAUAUCGAAACGAUUCAGCUUGCCUUACGUCGUGGAACGGAACGUAGUGGUAGUUCUGUACCUCCUAUUCUUAAUCGUAUGGAAACAUUCGAAGAUCCACCGACUUAUAAUCGUACGAAUAAAUUUACUAAGGGUUUUCAAGCUUUGAUCGAUGCAUAUGGAGUUGCAUCCUACAGAGAAAUGAAUCCUGCUCCAUAUACUAUAAUUACCUUCCCAUUUUUAUUCGCUGUCAUGUUUGGUGAUCUUGGACACGGAUUAAUUAUGUUUUUAUUUGGUGGAUGGAUGGUUUUAAAAGAAAAACCAUUAGCAGCAAAAAAAUCUGACAAUGAAAUAUGGAAUAUCUUUUUUGGUGGCAGAUAUAUUAUUUUCUUAAUGGGAUUAUUUUCAAUGUAUACAGGAUUGAUAUAUAACGAUGUAUUUUCUAAAUCUUUAAAUAUUUUUGGGUCACAUUGGAAUAUCACUUAUGAUUACGAGACUAUUCAUACGAAUAGAGCUCUCCAAUUAAAUCCAAAUACAACGGAUUACAGACAAAAUCCUUAUCCAUUUGGUUUGGAUCCUGUAUGGCAAUUAGCAGAAAAUAAAAUUAUAUUUUUAAAUUCGUACAAAAUGAAGAUUUCAAUAAUCUUUGGUGUAUUGCAUAUGUUGUUUGGUGUUGUUGUUGGAUUGUGGAAUCAUAUGUAUUUCAAAAGGAAGAUAAAUAUCACUUGCGAAUUUAUUCCUCAGAUUAUAUUUUUAGUAGUACUUUUCUUAUACAUGGUUGUACUUAUGUUUAUAAAAUGGAUAAAAUAUCAUGCAACCUUAACAUCAGAAAUUCGUCCUAGUCCUUACUGUGCACCAUCAGUAUUAAUAACAUUUAUCAACAUGGUACUUUUCAAUAAACCUGUACAUUUGAAAGAUUGUGACGAAUGGAUGUAUGGUGGUCAAGAUGGAUUCCAAAAAUUUUUAGUUGUCAUAGCUAUCCUUUGUAUUCCAUGGAUGUUGUUAGCUAAGCCAAUUACAUUAAUGCGUAAUGCAAAAAAACAACAUUAUCAAUUAAACAAUCAUGGUGCUGAAAAUGGUGAUGUAGAUGGUAAUGUUGGUGCAAUGCAACCAACAGGUGUUGUCCAGGGUGGUCAUAAAGAAGAACAAGAAGAUAUGACUGAAGUUUUCAUACAUCAAGGCAUUCAUACUAUCGAAUAUGUACUUGGUAGCGUUUCGCAUACUGCAUCAUAUUUACGUUUGUGGGCUUUAUCUCUUGCUCAUGCGCAACUCUCAGAAGUAUUAUGGGCUAUGGUAAUGAGGAAUGGAUUGACUCGUGAAGGUUGGGCUGGUGGUAUUUUCCUUUGCAUAGUAUUCGCAUUUUGGGCUGUUUUAACUGUUGGUAUUUUAGUCCUGAUGGAAGGACUUUCAGCUUUCUUACAUACUCUUCGUCUCCACUGGGUAGAAUUCCAAAGCAAGUUUUACGCUGGUUUGGGUUAUAGUUUUCAACCAUUUUCGUUUGAAAUUAUUCUAGAUGCCGCUCAAUCGACUACCGAGGAUUAAGGGCAUUAAUUAAAACAAUUAGGCUGUUUUAAAUGACAUAGACAAAAAUAUAUAUACAUAUGUCAUCAGAUUAACGAAUAUAUAAAACCAAAUUGUAAUGUAAUCAUUGUUUCAAAUAAUUAUAGUAACUUGUAAAUGUUAUAAUUGAAGGUGUAUCUGAUUAAUCCGUGUUUUUUCAAAAAGUGUAAUUAUAAUAUUGAGUAAAAAAAGAAAAGAAAAAAUUUGCUUAAUUAACUAAUAUAGUUCUUAUUAUAGAUGUAGUUACAUUGCACAGAAUCAAUAAAAAUUCAAAAUAUGUUAAUAUAUUAUAAAUACUUUCUAUAUAUAUAUAUAUAUAUGUAUAUGCUAUAUGAGCCGUUCACAGACUAAGGCGAUUAACUUAAUAGCAUUAAAUGGCAACAAUUAGUAUACUCAUAAAAUAAUUAAAUGAUAUGAAAAAAUAUAUAUUUAUAGAGUUAUCAAAUAAGUGGCUCAUAUAUAUAACUAAAAAGUUAAUUAAACAAAUUGACAGUAACAAAAAGCAUAUAUCGAUACAUCGUUCAUUAUAAUGCAAUAACAUACAAUGAAUUAAACUUUUAGCAAAACAUGUUCCUGUCAUGUUUUUAGCUUUCAAAACAGUGUAUGCUAUGAACUAUAAAGAAUAGACUACAAAAUAUA